UCAUUUCACUUUAGCUUUACAUCUAAAACACACCAGCCAGAGCAUGAUUACUUUUUGAGUUGCCCGUUUUAUUUCAAUCUAAUGACGUCACCAAAAUUGUUUUAAAAUGAUUUUUCGAAACUAUUUGUGUUUUUGCCCUGCCUGGGAGCCCGGUUCCUGUGAUGAUAUUUUUGUCAUCAAAGUUGAAGUCAGUGUUUAUAGACAAAAAUAAUAAUUGCUAAAAACAUCUCGUUCGGUACAAGUUCGGUGGUGUGUGGACUUUGAAGACAGUUAUUGCUUGGCUUUUCCUCUUCCCGAAGUUAAAUUGCAAUAUCAAAAUGACGGUUGACAGAAUCCUGAAUCACUCGUUGGUCUUGCUGUCUCAACUCCUUCUCUUGGCUACAGUCUGUAGCGGCGAUUACGACUCGGACGGCCAGCUGACUGUAUCUGUACUGCACAGUCUAGACCCGUCGCCUCGGGGCGUGUUCACACCGCGCGGAGCGAUCAGCGUGCGCAGUCUACGCAGCGGAGGCAGUGCCACCUAUCAGCCCACCGGCGCACUCUCCUCGGCCGAGCUGGCCCAGCUCAAGACUUUGGUGGAGAACGAUGGCAUAUAUCGCCUGAAACUGACAGCCCAGUCACUGGACGGACGUAAAACGGAGGUGGCCACAUUCGUCAAAGCAUGUCACCUGGCGGAGUCGGGCCUUCGCGACACGCUGCUGCUUACCAUGGACGCAGCCGGCAGUCUGGUGGCCGCUAGUCAGCUGACGGACGCCGGCCGUUGCCAUGGCGACAGUCUGGCGGCGCUCGACGGCCUGCACGGCUUCAACACGGACGUCACCAUCCGGCAAACGGAGCCGGGACCCAUCCCUGACACGGCCAGUUUCAUCCAGAAGAUUGAGCAGGAGAAGCUAGCCAAACAGCGCGGAGAGACCAAGGACAACCGGUCCUUCAUCGCCAAAUACUGGAUGUACAUCGUGCCGGCCGUGCUGCUACUGAUGGUCUCUGGGGGCUCCGACCCGCCCCAGCAGGGCGGCGGUGGCGGCGGACGCUGAACGCCACUCCUCAGGGAACAGCUGAGUACGUCCAGCUGAGUACAGCGUGGUGGCCAUCCAUCAGGUACUGUUGGCUACAUACACAGCCAAUGGGUACACGAAUAGCACUGUGGUGUAGGAAGCGGGGUGGGCUUACGAGUCCAGCAACGCACUUCUACGCCACACGGUGCGUAGAAUUCUGAGACGCUUCAUCGCCACUGGAAGGUGUUCUACUUUGGUGAACAAAGUGCGUCUACGUCGUCCUCUGAGGCUACGCGCGGUUGUCCGGUAUGGUGAUUGAGUCGUGGUAAUCACGCAAGUAACUGGUGAUUGGUGCCUCCCCGAACACUGCAGAUUGAUGGAGAAUACUAGGGUCGGUUCAGUAGGCUUGGACACUUCAUUUGAUCGAGUCGGAGCGUCGGAAGGGUGUUCAUUGUCCCCCAUUUUGAGUAGGGCAUAGUCGUGCACGAGUGAAGUCAGAUUGUAGUGUCAUGUGAGUGCUGUGCGUGCAUCGGAUUCGGAAACCGUAUUACUCGUCUUGCCUCAUGGGUUAUUGGUGUUGUGUUGAUUAUGUAAUCAAGUCAUUAUAUUUUGACGUGAGUGUUACGAUAUCGAUCGUAUUGUCAAUUCAUAAUAAAGUAGCACUAAGUACGAAGCUA